UUUAACGUCACGGAGGUUGCCCAUUAUACCCGGUCAUUUGACUGCAAUAUCUGGCCAAGCCGCCUGGAAGCUUUUGCUUCAUCCCUCUCAGAAACAACAGUCAUGAAAAUCUGGUCAUCAGAGCACAUAUUCAACCAUCCCUGGGAGACGGUAACCAAGGCGGCCAUGCAGAAGUACCCAAACCCCAUGAACCCCAGCGUGUUUGGUGUGGAUGUUCUGGACCGGCAGGUGGACCCCCAGGGACGGCUCCACAGCCACAGGCUCCUGAGCGCAGAGUGGGGGCUGCCCUCCAUCGUUAAAACCCUGAUCGGCGCCACGCGAACACGCACAUACAUCCAAGAACAUUCAGUGGUGGAUCCUGAGGAGAAGACAUUCGAACUGAAAUCUACAAAUAUCACGUGCACUAACCUGGUGUCUGUAGACGAGAAACUGACCUACAGACCACACCCCGAGGACCCGGAAAAGACGGUGCUCACGCAGGAGGCUCUCAUCUCAGUGAAAGGAGUGAGUCUGAGCAGCUACUUGGAGGGUGUGAUGGCCAGCUCCAUCUCCGCCAACGCUGGGAAGGGGCGUGAGGCCAUGGAGUGGGUGAUCCGCAGGCUGAACACAGAGAUCGAGGACCUGGCAGCCACCGCCCGCGGAACCAUCCGGACGCCCAUGGCCGCUGCAGUCACUGAGAAAUGACCCUGCCACCUUGGAGGUUCCCAAGGGCCCCUGCAUUCCUCUGAAACAACACAGCCUCCCUCUGGACCCCCUCCCCUUCCCUCCAUUUCUUCAUUAGUGGGACCCCCUCCCCUCCCUCUGUCACUGUGUGUCUAUAUUAGACACCAGCUGCAUAUCGCAGGUGGCACAGAGGAAGGCUGGUGAUGUAAUACUAGGGUGGGCGGGUCCUAAGUGUGGUGGGACACGCCCCCCCUGUCGAAAUAGGUCUGGUUCUGACUCUGCGCUGGGACAUUCCCUGAGAAAGCUGGCUCUGUGUGCAUCACAUGACCCCAUACCUUCACCACUGCUCAUGGGAGUCUCAGUCCUGGAGGGCCACAGUGCUGGCUGCUUAUCAGUGCAUUUCUGCACUUACAUACUCAAUGUUCACUGGCUGGAGUCCAGUCUUGUUCCCAAUGCUAAUUUGGCAGCGAAUGGAAAGGAAACACUUCUGUCUCUCUCCCCCAGGCCUCCAUUGGAAGAGAGAUUUUGAAUCUCAGUGGGAUUUCCUGGUGAAAUAAAGCCUAAAUAAAAAAACAUAUCUAUCAGUGUACUGAGCACUCUGUGCUGCAGUGCAUGUUGGGAGAAUGGGUGGGUAUUUCCUAAGCACUUGAUUGACACCCCCUGCAGACUCCCAACAGCCGCACACACAGACCCCCUGCAGCCGCACACACAGACCCCCUGCAGCCGCACACACAGACCCCCUGCAGCCGCACACACAGACCCCCUACAGCCGCACACAGACCCCCUACAGCCGCACACAGACCCCCUGCAGCCGCACACACAGACCCCCUGCAGCCGCACACACAGACCCCCUACAGCCGCACACACAGACCCCCUACAGCCGCACACACAGACCCCCUACAGCCGCACACACAGACCCCCUACAGCCGCACACACAGACCCCCUACAGCCGCACACACAGACCCCCCGCAGCCGCACACACAGACCCCCCGCAGCCGCACACACAGACCCCCUACAGCCGCACACACAGACCCCCUACAGCCGCACACAGACCCCCUGCAGCCGCACACACAGACCCCCUACAGCCGCACACACAGACCCCCUGCAGCCGCACACACAGACCCCCUGCAGCCGCACACACAGACCCCCUACAGCCGCACACACAGACCCCCUGCAGCCGCACACACAGACCCCCUACAGCCGCACACACAGACCCCCUACAGCCGCACACACAGACCCCCCGCAGCCGCACACACAGACCCCCCGCAGCCGCACACACAGACCCCCCGCAGCCGCACACACAGACCCCCCACAGCCGCACACACAGACCCCCUGCAGCCGCACACAGACCCCCUACAGCCGCACACACAGACCCCCUACAGCCGCACACGCAGACCCCCUACAGCCGCACACAGACCCCCUACAGCCGCACACACAGACCCCCUACAGCCGCACACACAGACCCCCUACAGCCGCACCCAUUGGCCACUUUCUCAGGCAGCAUGUUUCAGCGCAGUUUCUUAAGCAGGCGAUGCUGGCUUGGUUUAUCCUUGUCAUGCAAGCAUAUCUGCACUUGAAUGUCAAGUACUGUACAUUUAUAUUUGUAGGAAUAUAACUUAUUAUUAUUAUUAUUUGAAGCUGAAAUGAAGGGAACAUGAUAAAAAGAAAAAAAAUCCUGAUUAUUUUGUAUUUUAUAUAGUAGAGGACCAUCUCAAAUGCAGUGUAGUAUAUUUAGGUACAAAUAUACACUGUGCAUGAUUUCAGAAGAUGUGCAUCAUGCGAAUUCUGCUUAGAAAUUUGGGGCAUUUGCAUCUGGAUUGGCGCAAGGGUCCAUUUUUCAAACGCGUUCGAGAGACACCCUAACCUGACCCGCACACCUGAUCUGAUCUAACCUGAUCUCGACACGCUACACGGCACCCGUUCUCAGAAGGAACUGUGUUUUUGGCCUCGUUUGUGCAAUGCCCCUGCUCAGAACUUUGAUGCCCUUUAUUUAUGGAAGUGUCUGGUGGCGAGUCAUUUUGGUACUAUGAGAAGUGAAAUGACCUGUAUUGCUACUUGUGAUUGAACCACCUGGUUUUCCCCAUAACUGAAUCUAGCACAAGCAAAGAAAUGAGGAGGACUGAUUAACAGGCAUUCUACAGUGAGAUUAAUUUUACAGGAAUGUCCGCGACCUUUAUGGCCAAACAUCUGGAGACCGAAGCUUCUAUUUUGCUUUUUUGAAACCUCUGAGAUACGGGCCUUCUUUUAAAAAAAGGGUGUGACCAGUAUUCAUCCUGUGCUAAACAUGCAGUGCAGAACAGCCCUGAUGAAAGAUGGUGGGACAGGGAGAGACUAAACUCUCUGGAGUGGUUUGUACUCUUAAGAAGGCAUUGUGUGCUGAUGGGAGGGAACAAAUGGACAAUGGGCUUGUUUAUUGUUGAAGUUGAACUGGACUCCAUGGUCUCAGGUUGGGAGAUGUAGGCGCCAUAGUUACAAUGAAACAAUGGUAUUUAUUUAUUUAUAUUACAGUGGUGACUUGUUUUGUUCAGUAGCCUUGGAGACUGGUGUAUGGUUGUGAAGUCUGGUAGUGAGAACUACAUGCCUCCAUUUUACAUGCACAAGCUGCUGCUGAACCAUACGCUGUAGUGCCUAAACCUUUUCUCCCGAAAGAUGCCGUUCAUGCUACCUAUCAGCCCUCUGAAAGAUGCCAUUCAUGCUACCUAUCAGCCCUCUGAAAGAUGCCAUUCAUGCUACCUAUCAGCCCUCUGAAAGAUGCCGUUCAUGCUACCUAUCAGCCCUCUGAAAGAUGCCGUUCAUGCUACCUAUCAGCCCUCUGAAAGAUGCCAUUCAUGCUACCUAUCAGCCCUCUGAAAGAUGCCAUUCAUGCUACCUAUCAGCCCUCUGAAAGAUGCCAUUCAUGCUACCUAUCAGCCCUCUGAAAGAUGCCGUUCAUGCUACCUAUCAGCCCUCUGGCCUGUCGGUUCAUUACCAGAGGGUAGAUUUGUACAGUUCCUUUUUGAUGCGCAAAGUUGUAAUUUCGGUUACCUGUACAAAGGUGAUGUCAUUAGAAUGCCCCCCCCCCCCCCCCCCCAUAUGUUCAUUAAAAACAACCUUUCAAGAGACAGGCUUCAUAUUGCAAACCCAGGCUUGUGGCACUAAUAUUCAUACACUCAGUUAUGGCAGUAAUGCAACGGAUUUGUUUCACAAAAUAUUUUUUUAAAAGAAUCUACGUUAUAGCUGACUUGUGUCAGAACAGUGGUACACUAUGGUCCGGGUGUACAGGAUAACUGUACUGAUGUCAUAAUUUGUGCUUCUAGAAGGAAGAAUGAGAGUGCAUGAAAACCUGCUCUUCUGGUUGUGUCUGGGUCAGCACCCAAAAUAAAGCAUGUCUCUGCUGAUAUUUCUUCCUGGCAUUGUGAAAUAAACUGACAUUUGACAGCA